CUAAUUCUACUCAAACAAAUAGCACUAGUGUCAUUUCUUCAAAAACUAGGGAGAAAGAAUUUAACCCUUUGUGGAGAUAUGCGACUAAACUUGAGUAAACUGAAGAAGGUGGGGGUAAUUGUAAAUGGAUAUGUAAUUUUUGUGGACUAAAAAAGCAAAGGACCUAUACUAGAGUGAUGGCUCAUUUAUUAAAAAUCAUUAGGAAAGGGAUUGGUGUGUGUAAAAAAGUAGGGAAUGAUAGUAUUUCUGAAAUGAGAAAAGAGGAAGAUGAGGCAAUAAACAAAAUUACCAAUUCAUAAUCUAGACGAGUUCCUUUGACUAUUAGUAUAACUUCUGUUCCUUCACUGAAUAUAGCUGAACUAAUAUUUUAACAGCUUUAAAGAAAAGAAAAGUUAUUGAUUCUCCUCUUGGUAGAGCUUUUGACUUGCAAACUAGGGCUCAAUUAGAUGUGGAGAUUGCUAGAAUAUUUUACAUAGGGGGUCUACCUUUUAAUUUUGCUAGAAACUCUUAUUAUGUGAGUUUCUAUUCCUUUGCUGCUAAUCAUGUUUUGGGUGGCUAUAUGCUGCCUAGUUAAAACAAAUUGAGAACUACAUUACUUUAGUAAGAUAAGACAUAUGUAGAGAAGUUGGUUGAACCAAUUAAGUGCACUUGUUUAGAAAAUGGUUAUAGUAUUGUUAGUGAUGGAUGGAGUGAUCCCUAGAGGAGGCCUUUGAUUGAUUUUAUGGUUGUUUCUGAGUCUGGCCUUAUGUUCACCAAAUCUAUAGAUUGUUCUGGUGAAGUGAAAGAUAAACAAUUCAUUGCUAAUUUGCUAAAUGAAGUAAUUGAUGAGGUGGCUCAUCAAAAAGUGGUACAAGUCAUUACUGAUAAUGUUUUGAAUUGUAAGGGUGCUAGAGAAAUCAUUGAGGGAAUGUUUCUACAUAUUUAUUGGACUCCUUUUAUUGUGCAUACUUUUAAUCUUACUUUGAAGAAUAUAUAUGCAGCAAAAAAAUAGAAAUUAAUCAAGAAACUUAUGAUGUGUGUCAUUGGAUCACUGAAAUUCAUGGAGAUGCUUUACAAAUCAAGAAUUUUAUAAUGAAUCAUUCCAUGAGGCUUGCAAUUUACAAUCAGUUUAGCCCUUUGAAGUUGUUUUCAGUUACUGACACUUGUUUUGCUUCUAUUGUUGUGAUGCUUAAAAGAUUUAAACUCAUUACGCGUGCUUUAGAAGCAAUGAUUAUGAGUGAUCAAUGGGUACAAUACCAAGAAGAUGACCAAGGCAAAACUAGAUUUGCUUGUGAAAAAGUGGUGGAUCAGCAUUGGUGGGAACAUAUUGAUUACAUUCUUGCUUUUAUUGGUCCCAUUAUGACAUGAUUAAAGUUUGUGACACAGAAAAACCAUGCCUUCAUUUGGUUUAUGAGUUGUGGGAUUCUAUGAUUCAAAAGGUGAAGAAGGUUUUUUUUUUUUCAUGAAAGAAAGUAAGCAGACGAGUUUUCUCUUUUCUAUUAUGUGGUUCAUCAAAUUCUUGUUGAUUAUUGGGCAAAGAGCAACACUCUCCUUCAUUUUUUAACUCACUUAUUAAAUCCAAGCUUUGCGACUCUUUCUCCAUAUUGAUUAUUAAUUUAUAUGAUAAGCAAGAAGGAGAGUUGUUCUUGACAUACCCUGAAAUGGAAAUUGUUCUUCUGGGGGUAUUUUCCGAUUGUUGGGAAUUGAACGGAAAAAAGAAGAUUGUGGGAUGUUGAGAACUCCGGCCAUGAUUUUGCCUGUGGGAUCAAGAAUGGAAGUAGAAGACGACCUGUUGUAGAGAAGUGAAGUGCUAAGCUAUUUUAAAAAAUUAUAGUAUAAAUUUUUAAAUUCAAACCCUUUAUUUAUUUGUUAGAUUUUUUUUAAAAAAAUUAAUUUAUUUAUUUUAUAAAAAAUUAAAAAGUAUAAAUAAUUAAAAUUAAUUCAAAUAAAUUAAAUAUAAAAUAAUUAAAGAAUUUUUAAAAAAUAAAGAUUAAGAGGUAUUUUUAUAAAAUAUAGAAAUCUUGCAAUAUUUUUAUUCAAAAUUAUGUGUCAUUGUAAAUAUUUUUUAGGGGUCAAAUAGGGGAAGAGAAGGCAUAAAAUAGGGGAAGCACCAAAUUCGAGGGAGUUGAGAGUUAGGGACCGAGUGAGAGAAGAUGAGCUACGUAUUAACGACGCUGACGAAGAAGAAGGAAAUAGACUCUAUAAUCAGAGACACCAUCGACAAGGUUCUCGUCCUUCGCUUUGGCCGUGCAUCCGACGCCGGCUGCCUUCACCUCGAUGACCUGCUAUCGAAAUCUGCUCGAGAGGUUUCCAAAUUCGCAACUAUAGCAUUAGUAGAUAUAGACUCGGAGGAUGUUCAAGUUUACAUCAAAUAUUUCGACAUUUCUUUGAUUCCUUCUACCAUUUUUUUCUUCAAUGCUCAUCACAUGAAGAUGGAUUCCGGGACUGCUGAUCAUACUAAAUGGAUUGGUGCAUUUCACACGAAACAAGAUUUCAUUGAUGUAGUGGAGGCUAUAUUUAGAGGGGCAAUGAAAGGCAAAAUGAUUGUGAAUUGUCCUCUGCCCCAAGAGCGAAUACCAAAAUAUCAGUUGUUAUACAAGGACUUGUAAAGAUGGCCUCUUUAGGUCUUAUGUAAUUUCUAGGCUUAUAUUGUACUGCAAUUAUGAUUUUCUGAUGUCAUUUAUAAAUGUAUACUGAUUACAAGAAUAAUAAAAUUUUCUUUCUUUACAGCUGUAAAAUGUUGCCUUCUUUUGUUUGGAGACUUCCAAUCAAUUCUGUGAGAGCUUACCAUUGCUUGCUUGAUUGAUCGUUGACAUGGAAGGAAUUACUGUGAACCUAUUGAUGAAUUUCAGGAAUUAACAAGUGUACAUUUGACGGCAUUUGCAUUAUAUUAUAUUUUUUUGCUGAUCUUUUUAGUUAAACCAAAAUUAGGACUGGCAUGUUGCGGAUUUCAUCUCGGUCUGCAAUUUUUCAAUGGAAAUUAGAUGAACUUUGGAGUUGAAUAGAGCGCCCAUGGAUGAAAAUAUGUCAUUUGAACCCUACUGUGUUUUCUGGAGCUAUUUUUCUUCAAGCAAGACUUGGUCUGUCCUGUUGCAGGUUUCAUUAUUUUAUAAGACAUGCUUUAUGUUAGUA